AUGGCGAUAAAGCUUAUGGCUAAAACCUCUUUGUUGCUGCUUAUGCAGCUGCUAGUGCCAUGUGUGGAUGCAGGUAGCUGGCAGAGCUGCCGUGAGGUGUCCGUGGCGAGGUGUGGUGUAGGUGACAGCCGUAGCGAUGGUCACGAGUACCGGUAUGACAUUGGGGCGUACCGGCACAAGUGGACCAAAUACCCGCUUGAAGUUACCAGCUACAGGGGUCCCUUCGACACUGUGCCUUUGUUUCAGCCGUUUCAAUCCUGUCAGGUCUGCUCAAACGAAACAAGGCCUACCCAGGGGGGUCCCACUCAGAACCCUUCACCAUACACGAUAACCAAUAUCAUGAUUGUUGGCAACAAUGUCGGCAAGCUUGGCAUUGAAAACGCAGACAUCCUCUCAAAGGUCCCAUGUAGUACAGAUUGCAGGUUGUGGUUUGUGGGUUGUAACCUAACGGCAAUAGAGUUAGGGGCGUUUGCUAAGUUGCCACAGGUGUCUGAGCUGGUCAUCUGGCGGAGCAAUGUCCAGACUCUGAAGAACGGCACGUUUGCUGGGAUGGGGCGUCUCGAGAAUCUGCUGCUCUUGGAGAAUAACAUCACACGUCUGGAGGAUGGCUGCUUUCAUGGGUUGCCCAGGUUGUCCUACCUCAUCCUUGUGGACAACCAAAUCCUGACGAUGUCGCCUGGCGCGUUCCUGGGAGUGCAGCCGCGGUGGGUUGACGUAAGUGCGAAUCUUAUCGCUACUGUAGCACCGGGGACCUUGCAGGCGAUCAAGUCCGUAGAAUAUGUCCGCGUGGUUGAGAACAAACUGCGAUCUAUCGGCGUGGAGAUGUUCUACGGGCUUGAACGGCUGCGAGUCGUGAACCUGGAGGGUAACAGAAUCUCCCACAUUGCUGAGGGCGCGUUCCACUCAAAUACGUUGAUUGGUUCUGUAAAUCUGGCGGGAAACAGGCUGACCUUCCUGUCUGGUGGUUGGUUCAAAUCGUCAUUUCCACACAGUCUCAACAUGCGUGGAAAUGAUAUUGCCGCUAUGGCUACGGAAGGGAGGGCCCUGCCCCAGGCGCGGGGAAUCUCAAUCUGGCUCGGCAACCUGCCGCGCUGCACGUGUGCGAACGAUUGGCUGUACGAACACAAGGGAAACACCCUUAAGAUCAAGCAGCAGUUUAUCCGGGCAAUCAUGGUCCGCCCUCCCCCACCAAGCUGCCCCGCCUCGCCGCUGCCAAUUCCCCCGGCUCCGGUCAAUCCCAACGGGUUGCCCUGCCCUGUACCGCUGGUUGAGGUUACGCAUGUUGAGUGCAGCGCCGCGUACAGGUACGAAGCCGCUGGCGACGUGUAUUGGGAACAAUUGCCAACAGUGACUUUUGCCUUCCCUGACGGUGUACAUCACACACUCAACAUAACAUACGACACACACACGACCACACACGACAGUCUCCCGACAGGCAACCUAACCGUGAGAGUGGUGACCGACCUAAAGGCUGAGGGCUGGGUGAAAUGUAAGGGACCAGAAAACCUGUUAGGGCAAACAGGAAAUCACAGCCUGUGUUCUAACUACAUGGGGAGGUCCAGCUUCACCCUUUGGCUUGAGACCGCCGAGCCCUUGUCCUUUGGGAACACCACUUGUACGGCUUCUUCGGAAACUGGCUCCGACACUGCAGUCUUCGCGGUGAGCGCGCGCACACACUCUGACAUGACAACACUACAAGUAACCGAGCUGACACUCCUCAACACGACACCUUUCUCAGUCAGCAUGAGCACUACACCACUGUCCAGUGGCAUCAGCACUACACCGAUGGUUACUAGCACGAGCGAUGAUGCAGAUCUCACAUGGUACAUCGUGUGGGCAGCUCUGGGCGGGUUGUCGGCUGCUGCGGUAGGGGUUUGGGUAUGUGCAUUGACCAGUUGUAUCAAGCAGAAGCUCAAGCGCAAUGUCCCUGAUAACAUUGCAGGUCCAUCCCGCGAUGGCCACCAGAUCGCUGCCUGCUCCAUGUGGCCCCUUCCAGGUGGCAACUCGGAGGAGUCAGUGAUCAGUCCGUACGCUGAGGGGCGUUUGGAGGAUCACGACAGCUUUACUGAUUCAGAGUCUGUCAUCAGCCCUUACGCUGAGGGUGGUUUCAAUGACCACCCUGACUUGCGCAGGGCCGAAUCCUCGCAGUCAGAAAUCGCCCCUUACGGGCUGGCGAAGCUGUGCCCAGCGUACCGCGCGUCAGGCCGCCCCCGCGCGCGCACACACCCAGUGCCGUCCCGCCCGUACAGCACCGAGCGUCCCCGUCAGAAACCAAAAAGGGCAGGGGCCGUCCUGGCUGCCUAUGACCAAAAUGGUCGCGACAAGUCCGACCAAAGUUGCUACAAGCACCCCUCCAUCCUCCCCAACCCGGGUGCCACCAAGUCCUCUGCCUACCAGCAGAAUGCCAGCGCCGCCCAGCGUGCCCGCAAGGCACCUUGCUACAACUCCCCCGCCCUGGCCACUAACCUAAAGCGCACCUUGUCCAACACAUAUGACCAGCAUGACCCUAGCGAGGCAGUCUGCAACUCCGCGGCGUCCCCCAUGGCCAAUACCUACCAGCCCGCCGCCUCGCCUGGUAGUGAGACCGGUACUCAGUCCGCCAUGUAUGAUGAAAACCAUCCAGGCCAGGCCGCCACGGGUGAGCCGAACAGGUACGUCUGUCCCUCCCCUACGGCCGGUGCUGGCGGGUCUCAGGCAGGUACCUACUGCCAGAAUGACCGUAGAGAGGCAGUAAACAACACCCCAGAAAACCCCGAGACAAACAGCUAUGAACCAGCGUAA